AUGUGGCGAAAGGGUCAUCAUACUGCAUUGAAUACUGGUGCUUUGAAACAAAUCUUACCUAGAUCAUCCGCUAUCCUCAAGUAUUCGACGGCAAACUACAAUUCUAUGACCUCAACAUGUCUGCGUCUACCAACAAAUGCCAUUUAUUCCUCACCGUUCAAGCCUAAGCGAUCUGGCUACGCUGUAAAACCUCUGUCACGGUGCUAUAGCACUCAAGCUCGAAUUCAAACCGUGUCUAAAAGAACAAGCGCAGGGUUGAAGACCAUUUUUACUGGCUACAAGUAUAAAAAAGGUGAAUCGUUCAACGUCUUUCUACCGGUCUUGGGGAUCAUCUGUGUGGGAACGUUGGCGUACACGUUUUCUUCUUGGCCAAGUAAAAGCGAGCAAGACAAAGCAAAUAAGUACAACGAGAAACUUACAAAGCGACCCACAGAUGCACAAGCAAUGUGUGCAGAUAUACAAGCACUAGAGGCAGUUCUGAAGAAAAUGGAAAACUCGGUAAUUUUGAAGUAUUGGCAACUCAUCAAUGCACAACAAACACGAUUGAGGAAUGAUCUUUCUAAGUCUUAUGUCAGAUUUUGGGACGUCGGCUUUUGCAAAGUUGAUAAAAUACACCAGAACACGCCAUGGAGCGCAGUUAGACUUACAGUGCGAGAAAUCAAAAAUGUGGUAAUGAGCUUAACAAAGUGGUUUUCAAGAUCAUGUGUCUCUCUCCAACAGGCUCGAAUGGACUCGCUACCAUUUCUAUCAUUCUUCAUUGUGGUUUUUCUCAGUCUUCACACCAAUAAGAUACGCAGUAUGGUAAAAAAACCAAAAACAGUUCUGGGUCUUUUUUCGAGUUCAUUUUGA